AUGACCUCGGAACCUUCUUUAAAAGGACAACUGUUGGGUAUAAAUAUACCACUCAACAAUUCUACAACCUCGUCAUCUUCUUCUUCUUCUUCUUCUGCAAAUGGUGUACACUUUGUCAUCCUCCUCCUCCUCCCUCCUCCUCCUCCUCCUCCUCCUUCACCUCCGUCUCCUCCACAUAAUAAUAGUACGGAAAAAUUAAAUAACCGACCUCCAAAUUUAAAACAUCUUUCUUCAGAUUCAAACACACCGUCCAACACAACAGAUCAUCAAUACACCGGAUUUGAUGAUCAAGCACAAAAGAAAAUAAAAGAUCUUGCCAGGUCUCUCACUACAAAGACUCAGGAUUCAUCAACACGUCGAUCAAGUGUAUCUCGAUCCACACGUUCUACUCAAACCAUCAACCAAAAUAAUCUAGCAUAUACACAAACUUAUGAGGCAAAAUCCAUCUUUGCAGCAGACUCGGUGGGGAUUAACCCCAUUUUCACAGAUACUUCACAACCAAUGUAUAAGGAUUACUUGGAUCCAAGUAAUGAAAAUUUCAGUAGUGCCGCAUGGGUGAAAAAUAUGACUCUAGUUACUGCCGCAGACCCUGAUUUUUAUAAGCCUUAUACCUUAAGUUGUACUUGGAAAAAUUUAUCUGCCUCAGGUGAAUCCGCAGAUGUGGCUUAUCAACAAACUUUUCUAAAUUUACCCUAUAAGAUGUUGGGUUAUUUAUAUAGAAAGGUGAAACCAACAAAGGAGGAAGAUUUGUUUCAAAUCUUGAAGCCUAUGGAUGGUUGUUUAAAACCAGGUGAAUUGUUGGUCGUAUUGGGUAGACCAGGGUCCGGUUGUACCACUCUAUUGAAAUCCAUCACUUCAAACACUCACGGGUUCCAUGUCGGUAAAGAUUCUCAAAUCUCUUAUAGUGGGUUUUCUCCAAAGGAAAUCAAACGGCAUUAUCGUGGGGAAGUCGUUUAUAAUGCUGAAUCAGAUAUUCAUCUACCUCAUUUAACAGUUUAUCAAACUUUAAUCACUGUUGCUCGUUUAAAGACUCCUCAAAAUCGUAUCCAGGGAGUCUCUAGAGAAGAUUAUGCAAAUCAUAUUGCAGAAGUCGCAAUGGCUACUUAUGGGUUAUCUCAUACAAGAAAUACUAAAGUCGGUAAUGAUUUGGUUAGAGGUGUUUCUGGUGGUGAAAGAAAACGUGUCUCUAUUGCUGAAGUUGCCAUUUGUGGGUCCAAAUUCCAAUGUUGGGAUAAUGCUACUAGAGGUUUAGAUGCCGCCACUGCCUUAGAAUUCGUUCGUGCUUUGAAAACACAAGCCACAAUUGCCAAUUCUGCUGCUGCAGUGGCCAUCUAUCAAUGUUCUCAAGAUGCUUAUGAUUUAUUCGAUAAAGUUUGUGUAUUGGAUGAUGGGUAUCAAUUAUAUUACGGUUCUGCCACUAAGGCCAAGAAAUAUUUCCAAGAUAUGGGGUAUGUCUGCCCUGAUAGACAAACCACUGCUGAUUUCUUAACUUCUGUCACAAGUCCUGCUGAAAGAGUUAUAAACCCUGAAUUUAUUAAAAAGGGGAUCUUUGUACCGACUACCCCAAGGGAAAUGAACGAUUAUUGGUUAAAUUCAUCAGAUUAUCAAGAAUUGAUACAAGAGAUUGAUCAUGAAUUAAGUGAAGAUACAGAAGUUAAACGGGAAGCUAUUCAGAAUGCACAUCAUGCAAAACAAUCCAAGAGAGCAAGACCUUCAUCACCAUAUACCGUCAGUUAUGGCUUACAAGUCAAAUACAUCUUAAUUAGAAACGUUUGGAGAUUAAAACAAUCCAUGGAGGUACCUCUUUUCCAAGUCAUUGGUAAUUCCAUCAUGGCUUUCAUUUUAGGAUCAAUGUUCUACAAGAUCCUGAAGCAUGUGACAACCGCUAGUUUCUACUUCUUAGGUGCCGCCAUGUUUUUUGCUGUUUUAUUUAAUGCCUUUUCAUGUUUAUUAGAAAUUUUUUCCCUUUACGAGGCAAGGCCAAUUACUGAAAAACAUAGAACUUAUUCCUUAUAUCACCCUUCAGCUGAUGCUUUUGCUUCAGUCUUGUCUGAAGUCCCACCAAAGAUCGCUACUGCCGUUUGUUUUAAUAUUAUUUUCUAUUUCUUAUGUGAUUUUAGAAGAAAUGGUGGGAUUUUCUUCUUUUAUUUCCUAAUCAAUAUCGUUGCAGUCUUUUGUAUGUCUCAUAUGUUUAGAUGUGUUGGUUCCCUAACCAAAAGUUUUUCACAAGCUAUGGUUCCAGCAUCAGUAUUAUUAUUAGCCAUGUCAAUGUAUACUGGGUUUGCUAUCCCCAAGACCAAGAUCCUAGGCUGGUCUAUUUGGAUUUGGUACAUUAACCCCUUAUCUUAUCUUUUCGAAUCAUUAAUGGUUAAUGAAUUCCAUAAUAGAAAGUUCCCCUGUGCACAAUAUAUACCGAAUGGCCCAGAAUAUGCAAAUAGUACAGGUACUACUAGAGUUUGUAACGCUGUAGGUGCCAUUCCAGGUGAAGAUUAUGUUGAUGGUGAUCGUUUUUUAAAGGAAAGUUAUGAUUACCUUCACGUUCAUAAAUGGAGAGGCUUUGGUGUCGGUUUGGCUUAUGUCAUUUUUUUCUUUUUCGUCUAUUUAUUAUUAUGUGAAUAUAAUGAAGGUGCUAAACAAAAAGGUGAAAUCUUGGUCUUCCCAGAAGCUAUAGUUCGAAAAAUGAAAAAAGAACAUAAAUUAAAGGAUAAUACCACUGAUAUUGAAAAACAAACACCAACUGAAAUAACUGAUAAAAAUUUACUUUCCGAUUCUACAUGUAGCAAUGGAGAAGAUGAUACAGAAGUAUCAAGUUCUUCUGAAGAAUUUGGUUUAGCUAAAUCUUUAGCUAUUUUCCAUUGGAGAAACUUAUGUUACGACGUUCAAAUAAAGAAAGAAACGAGACGAAUCUUGAACAAUGUUGAUGGUUGGGUUAAACCUGGUACUUUGACUGCCUUGAUGGGUGCUUCUGGUGCUGGUAAGACUACUCUAUUGGAUUGUCUUGCUGAAAGAGUUACUAUGGGUGUUAUAACUGGUGAUGUCUUUAUCGAUGGUAAACCUCGUGAUGAAUCCUUCCCAAGAUCCAUCGGUUAUUGUCAACAACAAGAUUUACAUUUGAAAACUGCUACUGUUAGAGAAUCUCUAAGAUUUUCUGCCUACUUGCGUCAACCAGCUGAAGUCUCUAUUGCUGAAAAGAAUGCUUAUGUCGAAGAUAUUAUCAAGAUCUUAGAAAUGGAAAAAUAUGCUGAUGCUAUUGUUGGUGUUGCUGGUGAAGGUUUAAACGUUGAACAGAGAAAGAGAUUAACCAUUGGUGUUGAAUUAGCUGCUAAACCUAAAUUAUUGGUCUUUUUGGAUGAACCUACUUCUGGUUUAGAUUCUCAAACUGCUUGGGCUAUUUGUCAAUUGAUGAGAAAAUUAUGUAAUCAAGGUCAAGCUAUCUUAUGUACUAUCCAUCAGCCAUCUGCUAUCCUAAUGCAAGAAUUUGAUCGUUUAUUAUUUAUGCAAAGAGGUGGUCAAACUUGUUAUUUCGGUGAAUUGGGUGAAGGUUGUCAUAAGAUGAUUGAUUAUUUCGAAAGUCAUGGUUCUCACAAAUGUCCUCCAGAUGCUAACCCUGCUGAAUGGAUGUUAGAGGUUGUUGGUGCUGCUCCAGGUUCUCAUGCUAAUCAAGAUUAUCACGAAGUUUGGAGAAAUUCCGAAGAAUAUCAAGCUGUACAAAGGGAAUUGGAUUGGAUGGAAACUGAAUUACCUAAAAAAAAUUCAGAUGCUGAACAAGUUGUUCAUAAAGAAUUUGCCACCAGUCUUCUUUAUCAAUGUAAAAUUGUUAUCAUUCGUCUAUUCCAACAAUAUUGGAGAAAUCCUGAAUUUUUAUGGUCCAAAUUCUUCUUAACUAUUAUCAGUCAAAUUUUUGUAGGUUUCACUUUUUUUAAAGCUGAUAAAUCCAUACAAGGUCUGCAAAACCAAAUGUUAUCCAUUUUUAUGUAUUGUUGUUGUUUUAAUCCAAUUCUUGAACAAUAUUUACCUUCUUUUGUUCAGCAAAGAGAUCUUUAUGAAGUUAGAGAACGUCCAUCAAGAACUUUCUCUUGGAAGGCAUUCAUUGUGGCCCAAUGUGUUGUAGAAGUUCCUUUCAAUAUAUUAGCUGGUACAAUUGGGUUUAUUAUUUACUACUAUCCAGUUGGAUUCUACAAUAAUGCAUCUUUUGCUCAUCAAUUACAUGAAAGAGGUGCUUUGUUUUGGUUAUACAGUUGUGCAUUCUUCGUAUACAUCAGUUCUGUGGCUAUUUUAGUCAUUACCUGGAAUCAAGUGGCUGAAUCUGCAGCUCAAAUUGGUACUUUACUAUUUACAAUGGGCUUAUCAUUCUGUGGUGUUAUGGUUACCAAAGAAGCAAUGCCUCAUUUCUGGAUCUUCAUGUACAGAGUUUCACCCUUGACAUAUUUAAUAGAAGGUAUGUUAGCUACUGGUGUAGCGAAUGCAGAUGUUAAAUGUGCCAAGUAUGAAUAUACAAAAUUUAAUCCUCCACAGGGUCAAACAUGUGGUCAAUACAUGGCACCCUACAUACAAAGGGCGGGUACGGGUUACCUGAAAGAUAGCUCUGCAACUGAUCAAUGUGAAUUUUGCGCCUAUUCUCAUACAAAUGACUAUCUAAAAUCCAUAUUUGUUUCGUAUCAUCAUAGAUGGAGAGAUUAUGGGAUUUUCAUUUGCUUCAUUGUCUUUGAUUAUGUUGCGGGAGUAUUUCUAUAUUGGUUAGCAAGAGUUCCAAAAAAGAACAGCAGAUUAUCAAAGAAAAAGGAGUAG